AUGUGAUCAUUCAGUCCCUCUGGCACUUACGUAAGUUCCGGGAGCGGCUGCUGCACCCGUCGUGCCACGAGCACGCCCAUCAGGGCGACCCCUGCGUCGUCUGCGCUCUAAAGAGACAUCUUCCUUGCUCUCAACUCCACCACCACUACCAUCACUACCACCACCACUAGUACCACCACCAAACAAUACCACCUCCAUAUCAUCCUCCUCCUCCUCUACCACCAAUGCUGCUGCCACACCAACCCUUCUCUCUCCACCGCUGUCGUUCCGUUUGCUGCUGCCCCUGCUGCCCCUUCGCUUGCUCCUGCUGGCACGGCCACUGCUCCACCUGCUGCCAGUGCUGCUGCAGCUGCGCACUUUGCUGCUGCCCAGUCUGCUGCUGCUGCUGCUGCAGCACCUCCUUCGGUGCGUCCUGCUUGGAAGUCCUUCCCAGGAGCAGCAGCAGCAGCAGCACCCAGAGAGCAACUCUCACAAGCUACCUCCUCCUCUUCUGCUGCUCGGGCUGCUGCUUCUGCUGCUGACGCUGCUGCUUUUCCUCCUCUUAGCACGGCUGAUUUCCCCGCAUUAAGUGGAGCGGCAGCAGCGGCAGCAGCGGCAGCAGUGCAGUGGUGCCAUCCCCUCUAGAAGGCGAUUCGUUUUCGGACGCAGAGUGUGCUUCAGCCAGCAGCAGGAGCAAGGCCCAUGCAUGGGGGGCCGCAGCAGGCAACUCCACUGUCGCAACCACAACCACAACCACAAUCGCAGCUACAGACACAACUGCAAACACAGCCGCAGCCACAACUCGGCAACACACAGCAGUUAUGCCACUGCGUUAGCAGACCGAGAUAAAGCCAGGAUUGCACACACCAGCACAGCAACCAGCACAGCAACCAGCACAGGUACCAGCGCAGGUACCAGCACAGCCACUAGCAUCACCCCAGACACUGCUGCUGCGGCUAGCAGUAUCGCACCUUCUCCCUUCGCCGGAGCUGUGGCUACAACGGCAACAGAAGCCACUUCUGUGCCUCUUUCGUCUACAGCAGCAGCAGCGGCAGCGGCAGCGGCAGCAGGGGUGGCAGUGGUGGCAGCAGCACCGGCAGCAGGGGGAGGGGCGACUCCAUCUGUUCGGACGGGGUGGCACCGACAGCGCUAAGAGUGGCACUUAGCGCCAUGUUUACUGACUCUGAGUUUUUUCCAGCAGUCCCAAAUGAACGACGCCUCGGAGGUUCUCUUAGUAAUCUUCGACUGCCUCCACCGAGCCUUCACCGAACCUGCCGCCGAACCUCUAGGUGAGGCAGCUGCCUCAGCAUCAGGAGGAGCAGCCUCGGUUAAUGCCACAGCUGCCAACGAUUCGGCAGAUAAUUCUUUUGUUGACGUGGUCAGCGGUUUACCCAAUCAGAAACCGGCAGGAAGCUGGGACUGCCCGGCCUCAUCAGCAGCUUGGGACCGAGCCUACCUCGCAGGUUUGGCUGAGAGCUCAGCCCUUAAUGCGGGAUCCGUGCCAAGCCAGACUGCAGCUCCAGGGCAGAACCGUGACGUAGGCGUGGGCGCAGGUUCGGCAGCAGGCUCAGUAGUAGCAGGCUCGGCGUCAGGCCUGGCAGUAGGCUCGGCAGCAGGCUCGGCAGGAGGCUCAGCAGGAGGCUCGCUGACAGCCUCGGGGGCUAGUGCUGUAGUAUCUUCGUCUCCCCUCUCGUAUGGUGCUGUGCUGCAGCGGCAGCAGCAGAGGCGGCAGUGGAGGCAGCAUCGGAGGCAGCAGCAAGAGCAUGCAUAGCGCAUGGGUUGUUUGGGCUGGACGUGACGGAGAUGAUGAGCUGCUCGAGAUGCGGCACGCAGAGCCGCCAGAUGCACUAUUCCUCCUUCUUCCACCACGCCAACGCCACUGCGCUCAGGCUCUCAAAGCUGGGCAACCCCACGUGCCGCCUGGACGAGCUCCUAGCGGGCAUGGAGCAGCACCACGAGCUGCCGUGCGACAUGGACGUGGGGGGUGCGGCCGUCCCAACACCAUUCAGCACAUCCUGCGCCACCCGCCACAGAUCUUCACCACUGUGCUAGGCUGGCAGAGCGACAGGGAGGAGGCAGAGGACAUAGGCCUGACAGUGGGAGCACUCGACGUGCACAUGGAUGUGGGGUGGUGUACCGGGGUCUCUUGGCGCCCCACCGGGUUCGGCUGGUGUCAGUGGUGUGUUACUACGGGCGCCACUACCACUGCUUCUCGUUCAAAGCAGACCUGGGGAAGUGGGUCAUGUUCGACGAUACAACCGUCAAGGUGGUUGGCGGGUGGGCGGAUGUGGUGAGCUCAUGCACCAGAGGCCGGUUGCAGCCGCAGGUGCUCUUCUUCGAGGCGUGCUCAUGAUUCAUGAAGCUACUAUUUGGAGAAGCGUUUUUACUUGACACGUCUCAAGUGGUUGGCGGGUGGGCGGGUGUGAUCAGCUCAUUUCCAAAGGCCGGUUGCGACCCGCAGGUGCUGUUCUAUGUCCUUUCUUCUGGCGUACCACUAUGGGGCCUCGAGAUACCGUACGGCCGCCGUUGUUUUUUUUUUACGGGUGCUUGUGACUGGCAGGCAGCUUGGGCUACGGUACUACCAUAGCGCAUGCAUGAGUGAUUUGGGUCGCUUCUGGGGCAGCAGCAUCUGGGGCAGGUGGUUUUUAGAAUAAGGGAAUGCUUUUAUGGUAGGGCCUUUGGAAUGCUCCUCACCAGCGUGUGGUACCUUAAUAGUGCUUGACCGAUUUGAUGCACCAUCAGAGUAGAUAUGGUAGCGUUGCUUGCCUUGGCGUGGAGGAACCACGUGUUUCAUGUACUAGUGCUCUUAGCAUAGUGGUACCUUACGCAGAUUCUUUUAUUUACCACCUAAAGUUACGCAGCACUUCUUUGAU